UUUGGACUUCAUUAAUUAUUCAUCAGGUACUGGAAAGGGCUGAAGCGAUUGGUGGUUGAGGGGCCUACAAGAUUGUUUCUCCGCUAGAGGUACGUGUCGCCCAGUACGCGGCUGAAGAAGUUCCGCAUAAAUUAUUCAGAUAAGGGAAGGGGCGGGGCAACGCAUAUAUUAGUUAAAUGAGCCGUGGAGGGAGGGAAGCCGGCAGCGAAUUAGCCUAAGUUAUUAAAGAUGGCGGCGGAGCGCAGUCGCUCCCCGAUGGACUCGCCAGUCCCGGCCUCUAUGUUCGCUCCCGAACCAAGCUCCCCGGGGGCGGCCAGGGCCGCGGCGGCCGCCGCCCGGCUUCACGGCGGCUUCGACUCGGACUGCAGCGAGGACGGCGAGGCGCUCAACGGCGAGCCGGAGCUGGACCUCACCAGCAAGCUGGUUCUAGUGAGCCCUACAUCAGAGCAGUAUGACAGCCUACUUCGGCAGAUGUGGGAGAGGAUGGACGAGGGAUGCGGAGAGACCAUAUAUGUCAUUGGGCAGGGAUCAGAUGGGACUGAGUACGGGCUAAGUGAAGCUGACAUGGAGGCCUCCUAUGCCACAGUGAAGAGCAUGGCAGAACAGAUAGAGGCUGAUGUCAUUCUCCUGCGAGAACGUCAAGAAGUUGGAGGCCGAGUGCGUGAUUACCUGGUCCGGAAACGAGUAGGAGACAAUGACUUUCUGGAGGUCAGGGUAGCAGUUGUAGGCAACGUGGAUGCUGGCAAAAGCACACUUCUGGGGGUCCUGACACAUGGGGAGCUGGACAAUGGCCGAGGCUUUGCCCGCCAGAAACUCUUCCGUCACAAACAUGAGAUUGAAUCUGGUCGCACCAGCAGCGUGGGCAAUGACAUUCUGGGCUUUGACAGUGAAGGCAAUGUGGUGAACAAGCCCGACAGCCAUGGCGGCAGCCUGGAGUGGACAAAGAUCUGUGAGAAGUCCACUAAGGUUAUCACCUUCAUUGACCUGGCUGGCCAUGAGAAGUACCUGAAGACCACCGUCUUUGGCAUGACUGGCCACUUGCCUGACUUCUGUAUGCUCAUGGUGGGCAGCAAUGCUGGCAUCGUGGGGAUGACCAAAGAGCACCUGGGCUUGGCACUGGCACUCAAUGUACCUGUCUUUGUGGUAGUCACCAAGAUUGACAUGUGUCCUGCCAACAUCCUGCAAGAAACGCUGAAGCUGUUACAGCGCCUACUGAAAUCACCAGGUUGCCGGAAGAUCCCCGUUCUGGUGCAGAGCAAGGACGAUGUGAUUGUCACAGCCUCCAACUUCAGCUCUGAGAGGAUGUGCCCGAUAUUCCAGAUCUCCAACGUUACAGGCGAGAACCUAGAUCUGCUGAAGAUGUUCCUCAACCUUCUCUCACCCCGUACCAGCUACAAGGAGGAGGAGCCUGCUGAGUUUCAGAUUGAUGACACCUACUCUGUCCCAGGUGUGGGAACAGUAGUAUCGGGGACAACACUGAGGGGCCUGAUCAAGUUGAAUGACACUCUGCUGUUGGGCCCAGACCCCCUGGGUAACUUCCUGUCCAUUGCUGUCAAAUCAAUCCAUCGCAAGCGCAUGCCUGUCAAAGAGGUGCGGGGGGGCCAGACGGCAUCCUUCGCCCUGAAGAAGAUCAAGCGCUCAUCCAUCCGGAAGGGCAUGGUGAUGGUUUCCCCACGCUUGAAUCCACAAGCCUCCUGGGAGUUUGAGGCCGAGAUUCUCGUCCUCCACCACCCCACCACGAUUAGCCCGCGCUACCAGGCCAUGGUGCACUGUGGGAGCAUCAGGCAGACGGCCACCAUUCUGAGCAUGGACAAGGACUGUCUGCGCACUGGGGACAAGGCCACUGUACACUUCCGCUUCAUCAAGACUCCUGAGUACCUGCACAUAGACCAGCGGCUGGUGUUCCGGGAAGGCCGCACCAAGGCUGUUGGCACCAUCACGAAGCUCCUCCAGACCACCAACAACUCCCCGAUGAACUCCAAGCCCCAGCAGAUUAAAAUGCAGUCAACGAAAAAGGGUUCCCUGACCAAACGAGAAGAGGGGGGCCCUUCGGGUGGGCCAGGAAUAGGAGCCCUCCCAGCUGGAGAUGAAGCUUCUUCUCUAGGGACUGGGCAACCAGCUACAUCUAGCAGUCUCCAGCCACAGCCCAAGCCCAGCAGCGGGGGCCGGCGACGAGGGGGCCAGCGCCACAAAGUGAAGUCCCAGGGGGCCUGUGUGACUCCUGCCAGCGGCUGCUGAAUCUUCUCCUGGCCCACCCCCACCACCCAAGGGGUCCUCACACUCUGGUCACUGCUCCACCAGAGGGCAGAGCAGCUCUGACCACCAUCCACCCUCUCCCUCAGGCCACAGCCAGAGCCUCCACAUUGCCCCCACCCCCGUUUUCCAGGGGGAUUAUAAUUUAUAAGCUGAGAAAGGAGGCCAGACUUCUGGAGGACUGACCAUUUCCCACCGUCUUCACUGGCUUUUUCCUCACUCACAUUUUUUGUACAUCUGGGCCCUUAGUUUUUAUUCUGUUUAUUAUAUGUCUCUGUCUCUCUC